AUGGUUGUAGGCUAUUUCUGGGCAUACUCCUUUAUCACAAAGGACCAGAGCAUCAGUACCACCCCUGUAACCCAGGACCUGAUAUUAGAGGGCACCAUAAAAACCCCUUACUACCUUACCCUCCUUGCGUCUGAAAAAGCACAGCGCGCAGCAAAUUAUCAACCCUCAGACUGGGAAUUACUUACCCCAGACGAACAACGCGCCAGAGCUCUCAAACGCGUAGAGAUCCGUGAGGACGAAAGAAUCACCAAUCUGAUUCUUUGGAAUUCUGUCAAACGAGACCAUAAAGAAAAGCGACGCCAACUCCUAGCUGAACUUCGUGAGAAAAGACUAGCCAAGAUGUCGACUACCUCAAACUCCAGCGCUGCUACUACUCCCGCCGCCGGAACCACUCCCGUUGCCGGCACCGCUGCUAAUAGCCCUAUUACCGGUCAAACAAUCCAGACCUCCACGGCCCCUUACCCCCAGCCACUCGACCGCGGCGCGGCCAAUCAGCUGGAGGAGCGCGUGAACCGCCUGAAAUUGAUUACGAUACAGAAGAAAAUGGCACCUGUGACGGUCGAGAAACCGACAGAGGUGACGUUGGCCGAGAACGGCUCAACUCCGGCCGUCGAGACUCCAGCCACGGCUCGAGCAACUCAAAUCAAGGCGAAUACCGCCAAGAAUCCAGCGGAGAAAGCCGCGGACGCGAUGGAUAUAGAUCCACAAGCGUCGAACUCCUCGGAGGAUACCCAGCAACUCCUCAAAUCUCCGGAGGUCAGACUCUUGUCGAAGGAAGAGAAGAUCCAACUUCUCGUCAAAGAGCACGUAGCCCUUUGGAAGAAGUUCUUAGUGGAUCUACCCUUAGGCGCGUCGGAGGGCAACAGAGCACUCCUAACUCGAGCGCAAGACAGUCAACGAACUCUUCAAAAAUUAAUACCUCGAGCGGAGGUAGAAGAGUACGUCAAGGGUUGGAACCCCUGGACGGCGAAAAGAGACCUCUUCCCGGUUCUUCAACAGGAAAGAAGCGGGAAGAACAGGAGCUCCUCCUCCCGAUCCAACUCGUACAAGGCCCCCAAGAUGAACGAUCCGCGUCGUUGGAAAAGGCUCAUGAAAGCCUGCCACACCCUCGAGUCGGGCUACAUGAACAUGGAGGAUUAG